CUCUAGCAUAGAAACAAGAGAAGGAAAAGAAAACCAAGAUCAGGACUAGUACUCUUGCUAAUAAGAAACAAACAUGGGAAGUGAGCUCAAAUAUUUCGCCGUUCUAGCCAUAACAGUGGCUGCCCUCCUUCAAUCCACAGCAGCAGUAGAAAAACACGUCGUCGGAGAUAAAUUCGGAUGGAUUGUUCCUCCUGGAGGUCAUUACGCUUAUGAAGUCUGGGCUUCCGGCCAUAAGUUCUCCGUUGGCGACAUUCUUGAGUUCAACUUCACAACUGGUGAGCAAGACGUAGCCAAGGUUACAAAGGAAGCUUUCGACAGCUGCAAUUCAACAAACCCCAUCGAGCUUAAGACAACUGGUCCGGCCAAUUUCACGUUGGAUACGAUUGGGGAAUACUACUUCAUUGGAACCAUGGACAAGCACUGCGAGUUGGGACAAAAGCUAGCCAUCAACGUGACUUCAACCACCUCUGCUCCGGCUCCUGCUCCUGGUCCAGCUACUCCUAGAGGUCCGGUGACUUACAUCGUUGGUGAACAGUUGGGUUGGUUUGUGCCUGGUGAAUUUUCUUAUUCUGCUUGGGCUUAUGGCAAAACCUUCAUGGUUGGAGACACAUUAGUUUUCAACUUCCUCAAUGAGACACAAGAUGUAGCUAUUGUGACCAAGGCUGUUUUUGACAACUGCACCACCAAUAGCACCCUUGCCGUUUAUAAAUACAGUCCGGUGCACAUCAUCCUCAACACCACUGGUGAACACUACUUCACAUCCACCUACGAUAGCCACUGCGAAUACGGACAGAAGCUAGCGAUUAACGUGACCGGCAAGAGCGCAGGAACGCCGUCCCCGUGUCCGUCUCCAUCGAGCUCCACAACGCCUGCUCCUUCAAAGGCUCCGUCAGCUCAUUCACCGGUCGCUUCUGGCCCAUACACCUCCGCCGCCUCUUCCACCAUCACUGGCAGUGGCUACUACCUUACCAUCUUGCUCGUUGGACUGGCUUUCUUCCAUUGAUUAAAUCCAUGUCUUGAUAUUGUUUAUUUGUAAUCGAUCAGUUCAUUACGUACGUACGUACAGUACAUAUAUACCUUGUAUAUGAAAGGCUAUAUUGAGCUUAUUUGAAUUAAAUAUUCCUUUUUUUUCAUGUAUAUAUAUGGAUUUGGGACAAAUUAAUUAAGUUAUUUGAUUCAUAGCUUGUUGUCCAUUUGUUCGUCCUUGUAAUAUUUUCCUUUACUCAAUAUAAAUAAGAGUGCGGCUAUUGUCACUCCACCG